GCUGCUUGGUGCUGAUGUAGACCAGCGAUAUCUGAUGCCACAAUGAUGGUUUAUAUAAAAUUGUUUCAACGUGUCAACAUAGAAUUGUUCAGAAAGCUGCAUGAAAAAAUAAACAUAUUGUACAUUGUACUAUCUAUGGGAUGUAUGUCUAUGAACUGAUUAAUAGAAAUACAUCCCAAAAAUCAGUGGAAUAAUUAGAUUGAAUUAAAAAAACAAAAAACACACACACAGUUGUAGAUGGAGAAGAUGAUCCUGGAUACAAACAACUGGGUGUUGUCUUAGUAAAAAAGAAAGAUUUUGGGAACCUUUUUGUUAAGGAAAGAUUUAAACAGGAUUCAAACAUGCUUUUGGGGGAUUUUCCUCGUUAUGGCAUCCGGAGCUUAUAAACCAUAACAACAUCCACAAUCUGGAUCCAGGGUGUUUCUAUACCUCUACAGAAUGAGGUCCACAGGCUGACUUUAACACACCAGGUGAGUUCUGGAUGUGUCCAAAUAUCAAUCCUUAGGAACCCCUUAGGAUUCCCUUAAUCUUCGUCUUCUCAAGCCACAAAAUUUACAUACUCGACAGUCAGUUAAGAAUGUCGCACUGUGUACUACUUCAAAUUCUCUUGUUGGUUGUGGCAUGUUUCUCCACUUGGGCUGCCCCAUUAAGGACCACCUCCUUGCUACAGGAAAGACGUUGUGAAAGAAGAGAGCAACAAUCAAGAGAUACCAGUGAACAUCCAGUGAGCCAUCAUGAUGACAAAAUGUGCUUAGUUUCUUCUAUACCCCUGGGAUCAUCCCCUUUUGUACAAGAACCUAAAGGAACAGCAGAUGUCUUUUCUAGUGCAAAGCAUGAAGAGAUGAAUAUUGCAGUUACAGAUGCCAUCCUGGGACACAAGAUAGAGAUGUUUCAGAAAAGCACUAAAUCUUACACACAGUACCAUGAAGAAAGCACUGAGCCUACUUACGAGAGUUCAGCAGAGGAAAAGAAUCUGAAGAUUUUACCUACAACUCCACAUGAAUCCCUUUCUCUCAUGGACUCUACAGUGGGACCUGAAAAUGAAAAUACAGAGAAGGAGCCGCCAGCAUCUCCAGAGAAUUAUUCUGAGCGGAAAGUAGGGCCAUUUAUAUUGCCAAUACAGCUGAGGACAGACAGACCUGCACCGACACGAGGUGACUACAUCAGCUUACCUUACAGUGAUAUAGGAGAAGAUAAGGGGACUGAACAGCCUCUUACAAAACAUGAGGGGAGAUGGGAUAUAAAGACAAACAAAAAAAAAUUUGAUGAACUAAAAAGUUCGAGAGGAAUUUCAACUGAACCCCCAUUCUUUGCCCAUGCCUCUGUAAGCCAGUCUCCCAGGAACAUCAACCCAGCUGUUACAACUCCAACCACUUCACACAGUUAUGAUGGACAGACUGGAGGAUCUACACAGGACAAAAAGAGUGUAGCAGAGGUAAACUUCUUUACAGCUACGAAGCAAGAUAAAGUAUUGGUACCUGGAUUACUGACCCUCAGUUCCAGACUGGCUGAGCUUGGAGACACCUGGACAGAACCAGUUCAGUUACAAGGAGUCGAAGAAGCGAGCGUCUUGCCCUUGUUACAGGAAGUGGGCACAGAGGCGACCAUGUCUUCUGAAGACCUCCCUUUGAUCUUUGAGCCACUUGAUGAUGUCACACCAUCCAGUAGUUCAGCAUUGGCAUCUGAGCUGUCUGUCGCCAUGGUGCCCGCAACAGGGAUGGUCAGGGAGUCAGAGCAAGAGCAAACACUCUCCAUGGAUACAGACCACAGUCCUCGUCAGUCUUUUCCAGGGCCUUCGGAUUGGCCUUCACCAUGGCAGAUGUCAGGUGCCGAGAACUCGGAUACUGUGUCGUCAUCUCACAUGCCAAUCAGCGGGCCUUUCUCUGAAGCAGACGUGGAUCGUAGUGAAAGGACAGAGAGGCUACAGAAUCCAGAUGUCCUCCUAACGUCUGUGGAUGUACUUCGUUUGUUACCUUCUCCUGUGUCAGCCACCACACAGCAGGUUGCAGGCAUGAAGUUGACUCAUUCUGCAUUGCUGAAGCCAGUGUCCGGGCUGGAGGAACUGGAAUCUCAAGAGAAUGAGGAUGAAGAGGAUGAAUAUGCAGAUGAAUCUGAGGAAGAUGAAGAGGAGAGUGAAGAAGAGCUGACUGAGGUUCCUGCGCAUUCUCCUACACGUCCUCCUUACAACCUCAUCCCUCCUCCUCCAGUCUGGGGUCAGAGGAACCAAGGCCUCAUACGCAGCUGGGUUAAGCUGAUACGAGAAAAGGCUGGCUAUGUUUCCGGGAUGUUGGCACCUGUGGGGAUCGGUAUAGCUGGGGCACUACUUAUUGUUGGAGCUCUUUAUGGCAUCCGGAUGAUCCAUCGUAAGAGGAAGAACAGCCUGAAGCAACAGAGGAGAAAGCAACCUACAGAAAUCAGAAGUGGGCCAGACCAAGCAAUGCUACUAGCUGAUAGCUCUGAAGAUGAAUUUUAAAACACUCGAUACAAAAUGUCCGUCCUCAUGAUCAUUUAAUGCUUUAGCCAUCUCACAGUAUUACAUGUCCUAACAACAGAUAUUUGGAAAAAACUUCAUUUUGUGAAGUUGGUCUCAUACUAAUUAUUUAAAUGUACAUUAAGGUGCAUUUUACUGUGCUUAAUGGCACUCAAACAUCAGCAAAUUUCUAUGGUUUAAUAUCGGUGCAAAUAAAUAAAAUGUUAGUUUGGACAGAAGAUUUAAUCAGAAAAGCUAAGACAUUCUUGGAGAGCUCCCAAGUGGUGUAACAGAAAAGCUUUGGUCAUACCAUGAGGAGAUUAAAAAAAACAAAAACAGAAUUGGUCAUGGGAAAGGAGGGAUGGCGUACUCUCUUUCCUCUUUCAGUCACCAGCCAAUCAUGGGCAUCUGUCCUCAAGUAUCGUUUUUACAUGCAUCCAGCUUUGGUGAACAAUAUGACCCAAACGUGAUAUAAUAUGUAUCUUCUGUUUAUACUGAAACUGUUUAUACAGUAUUUGGAUGGUUCUACAUAGCCAGCUAUGUCUUUUAAAGCAAGUACUUGAUGUAGACAUCCAUGCUCACUGCUAAACAGAAAGCAGUAAAUCUAAUCUUUAACUAAUCUUUAGCUACAUUUGCCUUGUAGAUUCAGUCAAGGUUAAAGUCUUUAAAAUUUUUGAGGUUUGAAACUUGCUUUAUUUUUUAAUAAUCUGUAAUCGUGCUUGUUUUUUUCCAUUAAUGGAUUAAUGCUCGGUAUUCUGACUAUUCAGUACAUUCCAAAAAAAUGAAACCAUUUUGACAUUGUGUUAUUUUGCACCUGGCUAAGUCCAUAUUGUCUGUCUACUCUCCAAGAACUUCACUGUAUUAUUAGGAAUUAUGCUCCUUAAUCUGUUGCUAUAAGCGAAUGCAUUAAACCACACAUAUUAAUCAGUACUGCAGUUUCUUUAAGAAAAGAAAUGUUAAUAUCAAAUUAGCUAGUUAAAUUAGCAAAGCUACUUAACGAAAGGUAAUUACUGUAGCUUGCAGCAUUUUGCCAAAGGUGUGUGACAUGUGAUGAUCUUAAAUUUUAAUCUCCGUUACAGGAAAAAUAGGAAUAAAUCUAUAUUGGCAAAUCUUUACUGUCAACUUUUGAAAGUACAGAAAAAAGGACAUUUGACUUUUGUAAAGCUGCGCAACAAGCCUGUUCUGGAUGAUUGACUUUUUUUUUUGAGGUAAUGAGAAAAUUGUGUAAAUGAUUUUUUCCUAUUUAUAAAUUCUGACUACAAGCCUACUGUAUUUAGAAUAGAUCAAAUCAUUUUGAUGUGCAAAGCUCUUUAAAAGAAAACUAUCAUUUACAAAUUGAAAAUUAUUCUUUUUAUUUGAUGCAGCUGCUUAUGCAAUGGGAAUAGUUUUCUAAGUUUUUGCUAACACAAGCAUCAGAUCCUCAUAAAAAAAAACAGACAGAAAUCUAAAGGUAUUAUUGUUCACUAAUGGAGUACACUAUGUUUACUGUAGCCCACUUUCUGAAAAUAAACACAAGCUCCAUGAAUGCAUACAACUGUAUAUAUUACAUGGAUCAUGUUUGUGCAUAAAGUAUACAUUGUACUGUACAAGGUUUAUUGCUGUAUUACUGCUAAUUAUUGUUAACAGCUCUUAGAUUUAACAUGUUGUUCCAAUGCCUUCGUGACAAUCUAACAAAUUGCACUUUGUUAUAAACAUGUGUUUAUGUGUUAUUUCUGUUGUCAUAAUGACAAUUAAAAGGACCUAAGAGUAAAUAACUGAUUUCC